AUGCCAUCUAUAUCUGACAAAAAGUCUGGUACAGCUACUUUCAAAGAAAACAGUGAUUCCACUACCGAAAAAAAGUUCAAGAACAUCACUAGAGCAGCUUCAAAGAAGUUAUCCAAGAUUCGCCAACGUAUAUCAAUUCGUGACCAAAAUGCAGAAUCACCGAUUACAAUUCAAGAUGAAAAAAAUUUCGGUUUAUUCUCACAAGACUAUUCAAUUUUGGAAAAUAUGAAAAUAAAUCAUGAUAAUAAUAAUAUUUCAGAUGACAAAAACGGAAAUAUUCAUCUCAAACGAAAUUCUUCAUUAGAUAAAGUAAAAAAAGCGGUAAAACGAAUUGCUGGUAUUGGGAAGGAACGUAAGGGUCAUUCGGAAGCGUAUCAUCAAGAUGGAAAGACAAAUCCCUUCGAAUAA